AUGCUGCUGCUAGAAUGGCUGCGUUUGCUGAUAUUGAUCAGCGGCUCUGCAUCGGCGUUGAAGCGUGUCACAAGACAAGCGGGCUACACAUAUGACAGGCCGUCGGUGCCGUUUACAUUACCUACACCAGCCCCACCGCCACCCCCGAGUUGUUGUCAACCGGGACAAACGCCAUCGAAUAGCAAUUGCUAUGUGUGUCAAACACCCGCACCACCACCUGUAACUUAUAAUUAUCCUCCUCCCCCUCCCCCACCACCGCCGCCACCGCCACCACCCCCACCGCCGCCGCCACCUCCUCCUCCUCCUCCUCCUCCGCCGCCACCACCACCACCGCCGCCUCCUCCUCCACCACCGCCGCCGCCCCCUCCCCCGACCUGUUGUCAACCGGGUCAAACACCAGCAAACAGCAACUGCUACGUAUGUGCGCCGCCACCCUGCUGUCAACCUGGACAAGUGCCAUCAGGUGGCAAUUGCAUGAUAUGUGCAACGCCAGCACCGCCGCCACCUCCUCCCCCACCGCCACCUCCUCCUCCUCCACCUCCUCCACCACCGCCACCCCCGCCGCCGCCCCCACCAAGUUAUUUGCCGCCACCGCCACCGAGUGUUUCAACCCCAGCGCCUACGUACCUGCCUCCCUACACACCUGCUCCAACACCGAGGCCUCCUCCACCACCGCCGCCUCCACGACCCCCUGCGCCACCCCCACCCCCGCCCCCUCCGCCGACCUGUUGUCGCCCAGGGCAGACGCCGUCCAACAGCAACUGUUACGUUUGUCAGACGCCAGCACCACCACCUCCACCCCCUCCACGACCUCCUCCUCCGCCACCCCCUCCUCCCCCUCGACCACCAACUCCUCCUCGUCCUCGCAUAACUCCUCCACCACCACGACCCCUACCACCACCCAGGACUUAUCUUCCAGUACAACAGCCUCAGCCCCAGCCUUGUUGUCCACCGCAACAAACACAACCAUCGAACAAUUGUCGAGUGUGUCAACAACAACGACCCCAAUACCCAGCACCCCCUCCCCUACCACCAGCGAGAACAUAUCUACCACAAGUAGGCUAA